AUGGGUUUCGUGGAGAAAGCGGUGCGGCGCCUCGACCAGCCUGAAAAGCUCGAGCCGCUCAUCCGUGACUGUGGCCGCAACCACUGUCAUUACGGAGUUCAGCCACAUCAGUUUGAGCUGGUGGUGCCACAAUUCCUGCAGGCCAUCAAACCAGCGCUGGAGGACAAAUGGACGCCCGAGGUGGAGGAGGCGUGGUGUCUUCUCAUGAGGAACAUUGCCUUCGCCCUCAAGACAGCUAUGUUGCAGUCGAUGAAGUAGCCGGACUAGGAGAGACUGAACAGAGAGGAAGGGAGAAAAGAAAGAGGAGGAAAUUAAAGAACAGCGUUAUCUGAAGUAGAGGUUGUCGUUUUUGAGAAGGCCAUAGGUGACAAGAGGGAAGGAAUGGAGGAGUGCGAUAUGUUGGACGAAUCGAAAAAUCUCUCAGAAUUGCCGAAAGGAAAAGUAGGUGUGCCAUAAUUAAGAAACUGGAAAGGUCUGUCUUGUUAGAAGAGAAGAGAGACAAAAAGUGCCAAGAU